CGAGUAGAGAUUCUGUUUUUGUUUCAGAGAUUAAUUUUUGUGGGAUUCUGUUAUUUAGAUGGAGAGAGAUUUUCUGGGACUGGGUUCGAAGAAUUCGGCAGUUACAGUGAAAGGGGCGGCCGUUGAUGGUUCUAAUGACUCAGCAAAAGUAAAGGAAGAAGAGAAUUCAAGUCAGAUCGGAUUUGGAUUGUGAUUUUCAUACUGGAUACAGCUAAUUGGGCUUAAUUUUCCUCCUUUUAUUUCCUCAGUACUGACGAGGCAUUCAGGGAUGCAGCUUUCAUUUUCAAACAAGGAUUCUGCCAUUCCUCAACUCUGGUCAUUCAAGGCUUCUCAAGACGACAAGCUGAGACCUAUGGCGUCGUCUGGAUUAAUGCCUGUAUCAACUUCUGAUGCUUUUGAUUCUUACAAGAAACAACAGUCUGUUGUAGCUCAGAAAAAUAUUAUACUUGAUGGGAAGGCUGGUAAUCACUGUGCGAUGCCACCCUAUGGUCAGCUGCACUUUGAUGCAUACUCGGUGCACCGUUCUCAGGAAGUUAGGGUAUUUCCUGUCUCCAAAGAAUCUAAUCAAACCACUACAGUCUCUAUGCAUGCCCCAGUUCUGCAGUCCCAUUUUCCUCCCGCAGGACACUAUAGGCUUGGUAAUUUUGUCAAGACCAAUUCACAGCCUCUUGGAGGAGUUCCAAUUACAGCUCAUGUUUCUGGUUUUCCUAAUACAAGUUCUGUCGUUGGCAGCACUGAUAUAAGAAAUACUUCCAAGUCCACUGGGGCACCUGCUCAGUUGACCAUAUUCUAUGCUGGUUCUGUGUGUGUUUAUGAUGAUGUGUCUCCUGAGAAGGCCCAGGCUAUCAUGUUAUUGGCUGGAAAUGGGUCUUCUACAGGUCAUGGGAAAUCACCUCCCUCGGCUCAACUGCAGGCGCCGAUCCCAAGGCCUUGUACCAGUGAUGUUUAUGUUGGAAACAAGUCCCUUGCUGCAUCACCAAGCUCAAGCCUUCCAAGCCCCAUCUCUGUGAUCUCCCGUGUUAAUUCUCAGCCUGGGGGAGGGUCUCAUAGCAUCAAUGAUUUAUCAACAGUGAUUAGAAACAACUCUCAUACUGCAUCACCAUGCUCAAGCCUCCGAAGCCCCAUCUCUGUGAUCGCACAUGUUAAUUCUCAGCCUGGGGGAGGAUCUAAUGGCAUCAAUGAUUUAUCAACAGUGAUUAGAAACAACUCUCAUACUGCAUCACAACGCUCAAGCCUUCCAAGCUCCACCUCUGUGAUCUCCCAUGUUAAUUCUCGGCCUGGGGGAGGAUCUAAUAGCAUCAAUGAUUUAUCGACAGUGAUUACAAACAAGUCUCAUAAUGGAUCACCUUGCUCAGGCCUUUCAAACCCCAUUUCUGUGAUCUCCCGUGUUAAUUCAUUAUCCACUGGAGGACCCAAUAACAUCAAUGAUUUAGAAGCAGCGAAGCCAGUCAGUGGUUUAACAUCACCAAGAAAUCAAACGGAGCCUCCCAAAGUAGUAAGUUCGGCUGGACCUGUUGGUGCGACCCUUGUUCCUAGAGUUGCUGUACCUCAGAGCCGUAAAGCAUCCCUGGCUCGAUUCUUGGAGAAGCGCAAGGAAAGGGUGAUGACGACCUUACCAUACAACGUCAACAAGAAAUCUCCAGAAUGCGGCAGCACUGGGUCCGAAGGUUUCAGUAUUUCUAUUACUUCCACUAGUUCAUUUCCUCUUCCAGCCACAAUUAGCAAUCAACGGGAAUGCUGAGGGGAUUAGAAGUGCAGUAUCAUCAGUCAUGCAAGGAGGAGGCUCGGUAGAACCUCUCUUUUUUUUUCCCGCUCGCGAUUCUAGCAGCAAUUCUUUAAGGUCAAAACUUAGUUAAGUUCUUAGAUCAUUUUAAAUAUAUGGUUGUAAUUCUUAGUUAUUCUUUUCACCUCAACGUGAUCGGUACGAUUGCUUCCUCUGACAUUGGAAUUGUAACUUAAAUUACCAACAGGUAUGCUGUUGUAGGAGUAGAAGUUCUAUUCUAGCAUUGGAAGUA